AUGUUUAUCACAGUAAAGGAACGCUGCUCCAAGCUUAAGUCAUGGACUUCAAGCAGCGAUAAGCGUCUUCACUCGUCACUUGCGACUCACCAGCAGCAUCACUCUAACAUGAACUCCGAACCUAUCGGCGAGGCUCCUCCGGUUUACACGCCAGGACCAGUUGGGAAAGCAGCCUUUAAUCAGCCAUCAUCAGCAUCCACGACUUCAGACAACGAUCUUUACGCCUUCCUCAAGACCUUUGAUACUGUCUUUCUGAUAGACGACUCCGGAUCCAUGGCUGGCCGUUCCUGGGGAGAGAGACGCAAGAAGCACUCGAAACCAUCACCCCAAUCUGCACCUCGCACGACGAAGACGGCAUUGACAUAUAUCCUCUACAAGUCCAUCACACAAGCCAGCACCAUCAUUGAGAUCUUUCAGACUGUGCGUCCCAGAGGCGCCACUCCAACCGGCCAACGCCUGAACAAGAUUCUUACGCCCUAUCUCCAGCGCUAUGAGAAAAACGACAAGACCAAGCCCAUGAACAUCAUCGUCAUCACCGACGGCGAGCCCUCGGACGACGUUGAAUCCGCCAUCAUCCAGGCCGCCAGGAAGCUUGAUAAGCUCGACGCACCUACGUGGCAAGUCGGCAUCCAAUUCUUUCAGGUGGGCCGGGAGCCCGGUGCGCGUGAGCACCUAAAGCAGCUGGACGACGGGCUUGCUGAGUUAGCCAAGGAUGACGACCUGAGGGAUAUUGUAGAUACCGUUCCUUUCACUGGUACGGGCGAUGAGAAGCUGACCGCGACUGGAAUUAUGAAGGUAGUUCUUGGCUCAGUAAACAGGCGGCUCGAUCGAACCUCGAUGGAGUUGCAUAGGUGA